ACUCUGACAGUCUGACUUAUUCCUCUCUAACUUUCAAACAAAAAACAAAAUCCCAAACCGCAUCCUAAAAGAAACCGACCUACAAACUUACAGAAUAAAUUCUUGAUUGAACAGUUGAACACUUCAUCGGUACUUCUUCUGUCCAUCUCACCCCCUACUAAGGUAUGGAGAUCACACCACACGAUAUUACCGCGUUUCUGAGUGAGCAACCAUUAGGUAGGGAGGAUGCUUUUGGUAGAACCCUACUUGGUCACAUUCCUGCAAACAAUUCUUAUGGACUCGCGGAGAUGAAUGUGGCGAUCAGAGUGUCACACCCCCGAAGAGAAGGCCAAGAUGAGAAUCUUCACAUGCAGUUUAAAAAUGAAUUGAAGUUGUGUUUUCUUAAACACCGAAAUAUCAUUGGUUUGAUUGGAUUUUCCGAGACAAAGGAGAACUUUUACCUUGUCUACGAAAUGGUGCAAGCCAGGCCGUUAUCAGAACUUGUCAAGGGCUUAACAUGGGAGCAAGCAUUGAAGGUUCUUAAAGGAACUGUUUCCGGGUUGGCUUUUCUUCAUAGCCAUCCAGAAGGACCAUUUGUGCAUUCCAACAUCAGUACAAACAGCAUUCUUGUUACUAAGGACUUCGUUCCCAAAAUCGUUGAUUUUAGGUGUUGUGUAGUAGAAGGGCAAAAAACCACCCAUGAUAAUCCCAGAUACUAUCCUUCACAGCAAGAAGGCGCUGGUGUUGUCAAAGCGGAUAUCUUUGCAUUUGGACUCGUUGCCCUACAGCUGAUUACAAAGGAUGGAAGAACAGCUUACGCGGUGGAAGAAGGUUUAGAUAUGUCUCCUCGCCAUAUUCUUGAUUUAUAUGUCCCAAUGUUUAAAGAAAAGGGAAAUCUUGUUCAUGCAUCAUAUGGGCAAGAAAAGGAAUCGAGAAAGAUAACAGAAAUGAUUUUCAACUGUUUGAAGAAGGAUUCUCAGCUUGAUUUGAAAAGUUUUCACAGAGAUUUGGUUUUAUUAAGCUUAGCUAAACAAUGUUAAUUAUCCGUCAACAGAUUUUCAUUUUCUUCAGUAAAGUAGUGUUUGUAAAAAUGUAACAAACCCAUACAAACCUGAAUUCAGAAAUUACAUAAACUUUGAUCGGAUUCAAUUGGUAGAAGAUACACUCGGUUGUUUGUAGCUUUA